UUUAACUUGAGUAGAAAGCGGAGAUCUCUGCACAAACACACUACGCGCGCUCCUGCUGCACAGAGCGAGAGGUCCGCGCGACCUGCAGUUAACUCACUCACGCGCUCGUCAAGUGUAAGUGCACGCGGACCGAGAGGAGGUACAAACUUGGCGACACGCUAUGUACACAACGACAGAGUCAGAAACUUAAAGAUACGAAUGCACCGGGGAUUUAAACAGCAAAAAUAAAUAUAGAAAGAAACCCGUUCAGGAAAUCCUACGCGGGGUGAAAUGACAUGACAUGAUGUCCACGCAGAGCUCGUGAGAGGAGAGUUGGUUCAGCACGCGGCGGACACACCAACGGAAUCUAGUGUCCUAAAAAGAAAACCUUGGAUACGCAUCUCUUUUAGACUUUAGCGAAGGAGCUGCUGGUGAAAUUCUUUAAAAAAGCUGCUCGCGCUCGGGUGGAAGGAGGAGGAACCGGACCGGGGGGCAGCGCCGCGGCGGCGGGACCGACUGGAGCCGAGAGAGAGAGAGAGAGAGAGAGAGAGAGUAAAAAUAAACGCCGACUCUCUCUCUCUCUCUUCCUCGUGACAUUUAAAAACGCACCGGAGAGGAGACACAUCCGGGUCUCCCUGUGCACGCAACGCACGCGGGUGGGAAGUCUCCGUCCCAUGUCGCGCGCAGACUGUCACCGAGAGACAGAGAGAGAGAGUGUCGCCCAUGUCGCUAUGGUGACCGAUUGAACUGAGGGAGACUCGCGCGCACAGGAGGAGGAGGGUGACGGCGAAAGGAGGCUGCACGAGACGAGACGGGUUUAAACUUUGUUUGAGGAUUACUUAACUUUUUUUCAUUUUUGGGAAACUUGUUCCGAGCUCAAAGAGAACUAGAGAGAGCGAGUGAGGAAGAGGAGAAGAAAGAGCGUGAGAGAGAAGAUCAGAGAGAGAGAGAGAGAGAGAGAGAGAGAGAGAGUGCACGCGCGUUCCAUGCAACUCCGGUUCCAGGUCAUUCAAACCGCGCCGCUGUUUAGAAGUAAACUGUCGUCCCACUUGGACUACUAUUUAUGCUGCGCGCGCGCGGAUCUGGGAGCGCACGUUAUUAAUUCACCCCCUCCCACUUCUCCUCCUUCUUUUCUCCUUCUUCUUCUUCUUCUUCUUCUUCUUCUUCUUCUUCUUCUUCUUCUUCAUUACUGAUAUUUAAUCGCCAUGCGACUAUCCCGCGCGCUGCUACUUGUGUGCGCGUUGCUGACACUCGUGCUGCUGGUGUGCGCGCGCCGCGGCGCCGACGCCGCUCAACGUUACCUUAGGGUUCGCCCUUCGCCGAGCGAGCACCUGCCCGUACCGGACCUGAAAGAGGACCCGGACCCGGAGUACGACCCGCGCGAGCAGGACCUGUCCGAGCGCGCGCUGCGUAAGAAACUGGGCAGCGGCUUCGACGGCGACUUCAUGUCCGUGAGCGCGCCCGCGCAGCUGCUCGUCAUGAACACCACCACCGCGAGCCCGGGUUCCUCCGCGUACGCUCACGCGCCCAGCGGCGCCAUGCCGGCCGAGAUCAGGAGGCUGGACCUCACGCAGACGCCAUACGGGCUCCGCGUGAAGAUGGGCAAGAAGGCGCGGCGAAAGUUCCUGCAGUGGCUGUGGACGCACACGCACUGCCCCGUCGUCCACGUGUGGAAGGACCUCGGCGUGCGCUUCUGGCCGCGCUACAUCAAAGAGGGGCACUGCUUCAGCGAGCGCUCGUGUUCACUACCCGAGGGUAUGUUCUGCAAACCGGCCAAGUCCGUCACCAAGACGUUCCUGCGCUGGUACUGCCAGGGCUUCAUGCCCCAGAAAUACUGCACGUGGAUCCCCGUGCACUACCCCAUCAUCUCUGAGUGCAAGUGCUCCUGCUGAGUCCGCGCGCUGUGUGUGUGUGUGUGUGUGUGUGUGUGUGUGAGCGAGAGAGACAGAGAGAGAGAGAGAGAGAGAGAGAGAGAGAGAAAUGAUUCAAUAAUAUGAGAGAAAGAGAAUGUACGAGAAAAUGCGCGCGUGCGUGUGGGUGCGUUCACUCGACACCUCUGUGAAGAUGCACGGACUGACGUGUGCUCUUCUGAUAACAAACAAUAAACAAUAGUAAUUAUAAUAAUUAUAGUAAUAAUAAUUUUAUUGUUGCACUGUGUUCUCGCGAACUGAAAAGUGUGUGUGUGUGUGUGUGUGUGUGUGUGUGUGUGUGUGUAAGGCGCCAUAUAGCGAAUCUAUUUUUUUAUAUAUAGCAUUUUGAUUUAAAAAAGAAAUAAUAAUAUACCUGUACAUAUUUAAAAGAAAAAAGAAGGAAAGGAUGCAGCUAUUAUUGUUAUUGUUAAUUAUUAUUUUGUUGUUGUUGUUAUUGUUGUUGUUGUGUUAAAUGAGCAGGACCACGCGCACAGAGGAGAACUUUUCCGGAAGUGCUCUUGUCCCGGAAGUGCUUUAACUGACUGACUCACUGCCAUGCUACAGCUUUUAUAUCCUAUUAAUAAUCAGUAAUAAUAAUAAUUAUGAUAAUAGUAAUAACAAGAAUGAUUAUAAAAUGGAACAUUAAGGAUGAAAUUCUAUAUUUUAAGAGUGAAUUAAAUAUUUUGUUGUUGAAAAAAAAUAGUAUUUUAGUAAACAGAAUGUGUCAUGUUUAUUUAUUGUUGUAACUUGUGUUGCGUGUAGAGACAGAAGUAAAGCCAAACCAGAGCACAAAGCUAUCCGUGUGAAAUGCCUUGGAGACACAGUUUAGCAAUAAAAUCUCUCUGAUCAAGUUGA